UUUCCGGAAUUGUGCACCUCUUAAAUUAUCACUUCUGUUCAGGCGUCGCUAGGUACAUUGUUUUCAUUUAGUCAGGAUAAUCAUCUAGGCUGCGUCCGUACUGCCGUAUGGGAGUUUCAGAUACUGUAGGGUGAACCUUUUGGGGCUUGUUAUGGGGGAAGCUGAAAAGGCUGGGCUCCUCUCUGAGUUGUCAUAUGUAUCCCUGGAGUACUCUUUCUUCUCUGGGAAUAGCACAUGUCAUCGGAUUUGGAGGGAACUCGUUCUCUUGAGCUGUGCGUGUGAUGUCCAGUUACCAGACCUGCAGGGGGGAGGCAGUUGUCAGCUCCUCACUAGGGCAGUUCUGAUAAAGAUGCAGAUUAGUGUUUCACGCUUCCAUGGUGUUUGUCCUUUUACUUUUAAUUAAACUACACAAUUGAUUCGCUUCCCAGGCCUUCCCAGAAGAUGUAAAAGAAAGACUCUUUUUGUAAUUGAAAAUUAUGAAGUCGAAGUGAUUCCAGAAGCUCCUUUUUGUUGUGCAUUGUGACAAAAUGAUCAUGCCCUCUCUGCCUCCUCAGGACUCCUGUAGCAUUCACUGUUGAGAAUAGAAGCCCAAUGGGCAGAAUUUGCGUUACUUGGACAGGCAUGUACCUGCCAGUUUUCACCCUUAAGCGUUUUCAUUUUGAUUUAAAAAGAAGCCAGCUAUAGUCUUCAGUAGAUUGUUUUUGUAACUAUAUUUUAAGCCACACCUUUUAACACAUUUAUUUAAGAGGAUUUCUUAUUUCAUUAAAAUUCAAUCUUGACUUCAAAAGUUUAUGACUAGAUAUCUUGUUCAUGUCAGAAUUCAUAUUCUGGGUGAAUUCUUGCACAAUUAUGCUAUAUUUAAUAUAUUUUAAAAGAGCUUAGUGAUUUACUUCUUUUGAAGCAUGCCUCAUUGUAGAGACAUGCUGGAGGCCUACUUCUAGCGGUUAAAAAGUUACUGCUUCUCCUAUAAAGAUUUUUGCCACUCAACUGGAAAGUUGUAAUGGCAUAUCACUUCUGAUUUACUUUGGCUUAUUUGCUUAGUCAAAUUGUUGGUAGUGGCCCUUACAAGUUAAUGCUGUAGGAAGCAGUGAUCAUCUUGUAAGGCUAAUUUUAUAUCAGGCAGUGUGGUGUAAGUGUAUUUUUGUUGGCAAACGCAUCUCAGAAGGUGAAAGCAGACGAUGUGUCCUUUUGGAAUAUAUAAUAUGCACCUGUUAGAACUAGAAUCAUGUUCAAGUCAGAGUCAGGGAACCUGUCAAGACAGGGUUGUGGUUAUUAUCAUGUUCAAAGAUACAGAUUGCUACCAAAUGAAAACACAUCACAAUAUACUAAUUUCAGCUCAGAAAAGUUUAUCUUAGAAGCUUUGCCAUAAACCUAUGAGUAGGAUUUUUCCUCAGAUUGUUUGAGCUGCUAGGGAAGUCUGAUUAGAGGAUGGACUAGUAGUGCAUGCUCAGGAGAGUGGAAACGGGGAUGAAGAGACAGGAAAGAAACUUGAUGGCUUGCACUGGAGCUGGAAGCUGAGGAUUUAAGUUUGCACAAGAUGCUAAUUUUAAAGCAAAAGAGAAACACUUUGCUAAAACAUCUUCAGGAGCGUAAAUUUUGCUCAUAUGACUGGACUGUGUUUUUCAGACAAAAAUAUAUAAGUGUACUAUUUCACAACUAGGUGUUGCAAAAUUCCUGCACGAUGUUAAGCUCAGCAUGCAUUGAGAUAGCAGUAACGGUUUUGUUUUGCUUUGUUUUUUAAGUGCCUAUUUGUCUUUUUUUGGAAGUGGAGAUAAAAUUUUAGUUUUAGUUGAAACGGUAGUGCAUUACUUGCUAGGCAGGUAAAUUUGCACGAUCUCACAAAUGUAUGUAAGACUUUACACCUAGAUAACAACAUUAGAUGAAUGAUUAUCUGAAAUACUUCACCAUGUGGAUAACUUUAUUUGCUAUGUUUUUGUAAUAUUAAAUAAAAAUAAACUUUCUGAUUCUUAAAAGGUAAUAUAAAACUAGACCAAUUUGUCCACUAGGUGUCCGUAGUUCCAAGUCGGAGUAAUAAUUUGAAGCUUCAACAUAAUUGCAAUAUUUAUGACUAUAGCAAAUUCUUCUUAAUGUUUUGCUUUACUCUGUUAUUUUUGAAUUACAUUCCCAUUUUUAGGCUUCAUAUGUUGACCCUAAGUGCAGCUUUGCUGUUCCUUUCAGCCUAUUUUACAUAUUUAUUUACCUCUUACCUUUCAAGCAACAGAUACGAAUGAAGUAUUUUUUUUCUACCGGUUUCACAGUUCUUCUUUUCAGUUCUAGAUCAUGUCUGUAAGUCUAGUUUUACAAAAAAAAUAAUGGGGAUGGGUAAAUGCACUGAGGAAAGGUGAAGCUACGGUUUGUCCUGUUCUGAGCUACACGGGUAACAUUUUACAAUUUUGUUAUUCUUCUUGUUCAUAUUUUUAUGUUUUAUUUCUCUUUUUUUUUUUUAAGGGUUCUGAGUUUGGAAUUAAAUAAAGACAGGGAUGUGGAAAGAAUACAUGGGAGUGGUAUUAACACCCUUGACAUUGAGCCUGUUGAGGGAAGAUACAUGUUAUCAGGUGGGUCCGAUGGCGUUAUUGUACUUUAUGACCUUGAAAACUUCAGCAGAAAACCGUGCUACACCUGUAAAGCAGUUUGUUCCAUAGGAAGGAGCCAUCCUGAUGUACAUAGAUUCAGUGUAGAGACAGUCCAGUGGUAUCCUCAUGACACUGGCAUGUUUACAUCUAGCUCAUUUGAUAAAACAUUGAAAAUAUGGGACACAAAUACUUUACAACCUGCAGAUGUGUUUCAUUUUGAGGGAACAGUGUAUAGCCAUCACAUGUCUCCAGUUGCUACCAAACAUUGUCUAGUAGCUGUUGGUACCAAAAGCCCCAAAGUACAGCUCUGCGACUUGAAGUCUGGAUCCUGUUCUCACAUUCUGCAGGGUCACAGACAAGAAGUGCUAGCAGUGUCUUGGUCCCCACGUCAUGAAUAUAUUUUGGCGACAGCAAGUGCUGAUGGUAGAGUAAAAUUAUGGGAUGUGAGGAGAGCAUCUGGAUGUCUGACUACGCUUGAUCAGCACAAUGGAGAGAAGUCCAAAGCAUCUUCUGAAGCAGCGAACACUGCUCACAAUGGGAGAGUUAAUGGUUUAUGCUAUACAAAUGAUGGGCUUCAUCUGUUGACUGUUGGUACAGACGAUCGGAUGAGACUCUGGAACAGCUCCACUGGAGAAAACACAUUAGUGAACUAUGGGAAAGUCUAUAAUGAAAGUAGAAAAGGACUCAAAUUCACCAUCUCUUGUGGCUGUAAUCCAGAGUUUGCUUUUGUACCGUAUGGUAGUACCAUUGCUGUUUAUACAAUUUUCUCAGGAGAACUGAUAACUAUGCUUAGAGGGCAUUAUAAUACUGUUGACUGCUGUGUAUUUCAACCUAAUUUUCAGUUUCUAUCUCAACAGCAUUUAAUUCCAGCAUAUGAAGACGCGUGGAGCAGCAGUGAGGAUGAAAGCUGAAUUUCAAUUGUGUGCUGAUAUAAACCUGACAUUCAGGUACUACGUUCAAGGACUUUUGGAUAUUGUCAGGUUUCUUGUGGCUGGAUUUUCGUACAGUUGUAUUAAAGCCAGGUCUUUCAGAAGUAAGCUUCCACUUCUUUUUUGUGUCAUUUUCUUCACUUUUAUUGCUACAUAUAAAGGAUUACUUUUUCGUGUCUGCUGACUUUUACGCUUACCCUUACACGUUGGUAUACUUUAUUCAGUGUUGAACAGCAGCUGAAAGAAAACUAAAAGUCCUUGUGACCUGUAAAUAGUAGAUUGUUUCUGGUAUCACUAAUACAUAGGGAGAUAAUCCCUUAAUUUCUGAGAGACCUGAUGCAGAGGAUUUUGCCUUAAGGAAGGCUAGCUCAGGGAUACUUCCAGUUUAUUUUCUGCAAUGUCUAGGUGGAGCAGACUGAGUCCUUUUAUGAGUGUCUGUGUGCAGUGGGAGCCUAAAUGAAUUUAUGUGCCUGUUCUUUUGUGUUUUGUCAGUUUUGCAGAAGUUUCUCCAUGAAUGAGAUGUUCAGUUCAGGAAGAGGCAGAUUAUCUAUCCAAGUGUUUAUAUGGCAUCCCCUAUCAACUUGUGUCUGAAUCUCACCAAGAAAGUUAAAAAUAGAAAUUAAUUUUGUUAGGUUUUUGUUGUUCCUGUUAACAUGUUUUUAAGGUCAGUCCUCUAUGUAUGAAUCUCAUACACGCUUCCCUAGCCAGGGUGAAGAAUUCAUGGACAGAAACAGGCUUGAGGUACAGUACAAGACAAAGUAUGGAUCAUGUUUCAAGUUAGAAAUAUAGAAUGUAGUCCUUCAAAACCCUUUGCUUUCAUCUGAGUUUGUAGUCCUAAUACCUACUCUGUUUUGGCAGGGAGGAGUUAUGGGGGGUCAUUGCCUAAUCUCAAUCGCUAGUUUAUGCCUCAGCAGUAAUGUACUCACUAAUCUGAGAGCUAAGUCAGAAGUUCUCAUUGGAUGGAGCUGCAGCACUUCAGGGGAAAAAACAGAAGAAAGGAAAUGGAGCACUUCAAGCAGUAAUAAUACAGUUUCUGGAAGUGAAAUAAAUUUAUAAAUAAAUCAAAGAUAGUAAUUUGAUCUUUGUAUAGUGUAUAGAUAUGAUCGGUAUGCAUUUUUGAAUUAAUUCACUGUACUUCUGUAUUUUAAUAUCUGUACAAAAUAUAGACUGUCACUUUCUAUAUCAGUCUAGAUCCUAGCAGCGUGGAAUAAGACAAUGUGAGGAGGGAGCAUAUCAAGGGAAUGUUUUCAUUAGGCAUGUUUCAUAUAUAGUUCGUAUUUUCAGGGAGAGACCCAAAAUUUAACUUAUGCUAUUAAACGGAUUGUUGCAGGGUAGAAGGCCUGCAGAAGUUUCAGCUGAUGUUAGUUUAAAAGACCAGUCUGACCCUGUCACUUUACGGUAAUAGAAAAAAAGGACUUAAUUUUCUAUUUUUUAAGUGACAGUUUUCAUUACCAAUGGUUAUUUUUUCUAUCUAAAACAGGAAAAACUGGGGAACAAAUUUGAAGUGAGAUUACACGUUUUGGUUUUGUCUUUAAAAAGAUAUCUGUUAUUAGGGAUGACUUUUGUUGCAUGUUAUAAAUGUGCAUAUAUUUUGUAUAUGAAAGCAGCAUUGCAUAUAUUUGGUAUUUGAAUUUCUAAAAGUUUACUCAAUAAAUCAUGUCAGAGCUAAUUAUCAAAGAAUGAAUACAUUAUUUUUCAAAUCAGUUUUCAGUGAUCAGUUUCCAAUCUGUAAAAUGAUUGCAAAUGUUGAUGUUAC